GUAAACAAACCAAGCCGAAGAAGAAGGUUUGGAACGGCGCGUUCGCCCGCGGUCUGACAUCUCGUUCGUGCGAAUUUCAGGAUCCUCGAAUAUUUGGCUUAUACGAAGCUCAAGUAUCAGACUACGCUCCAUACAGAGGAAGUAAAUUCUCGUCCCUGAUGUCGUCGACGGCUCCCGCGUCUCAGCCUCCCCAGGGAAGCGGAGGUGAUCAACAGGCAAAGCCUCAGCGGAAAAGGGAAUCGAUUGUAGAUCUGUCGAAGUACCUCGACAAGCUGAUCCGCGUCAAGUUUCAGGGAGGAAGAGAAGUCACCGGAGUUCUGAAGGGCUACGACCCGCUCUUGAAUCUCGUGAUGGACAACACUACUGAAUUUCUUCGGGACCCAGACGACCACCUCAAACUCACGGAAGACACACGGAGUUUAGGACUCGUCGUGUGCAGAGGUCCGACGAUCAUUAUCGUGCACCCACAAGACUCCAUGGAACAAAUCGCCAAUCCCUUCGUUCAAUAACUCACGCUUUCACAAUCGCAGCCAUGACCUGUGUCUUUGCUCGGUCUGCUUUGAUCAUUAAAGAGAAACUCGGU